UUAUGUUUCACAAUUCUUUUGGUUUAUACUCAUCUUUUUUGGGUUUCUUUGUGUUUGAAAAACAAUACUACAAUCAUGGGUGAUUCAUCUGCAUCUUACAUUCACAUGGUACAACAUUUGAUAGAAAAAUGUUUGCUCUUCAACAUGACAAAAGACGAGUGCAUGGAGGCUUUGUCCAAACAUGCGAAUAUCAAGCCAGUUAUCACCUCCACUGUAUGGAAGGAGCUAGAAAAGGAGAAUAAGGAAUUUUUCGAGGCGUAUAUGAAGUGGAAGAAUGACGAAGGAAGGAUGAUGUCUGAGGCAGAGACACGAGAAAUGAUCCAGAACCUCAUGAUCUCUAAUCCAUCGUCUAAGGAUUCAAAACGCUAAUACCAAACAUGUAGAAAAACUAAGAGAUACAAAAUAAUGGGUUUUUUUAAUAUGUAGAGAAAGUAAUACUAAUAACAAAAGAGUUAUAUAUAAUUGUUUUCUAUUAAAUUUUUUUUUCUACAACUACUACUUGAGUCAUAGCUAAUACCUAGUAUUUAUAGCUAGCAUAUGUCGGUGGCAAACAAGUUAGGAUUAUACAUCUAGAUUCUAGAUUGUUCUACUUUUUUUCUUUCUUAAU